AAGAGUCUGGUUUCGUUUCUUUGAAUGAUAAGUUGGACGCAGUAACGUAAUCCUAACCAGGAAGUAAGUGCGAAGCAGGGAGUGAGAUAAGGUAGUAUCUGAGGAACCGACAGCUCAGCCUGUAUUCAGCAGCACCAUGAGUAAGAAAGGAGCAUAUUCUCAGCAGCAAGGUUAUCCUACACAGCAGCCAAAUAUGGCUCCGCCAAACUAUUUGUCUGCUGUUCAAGCUCCUCCGGCACCACCUUACACAGAAGCUCCUCCAUCUUAUGCAGAGCUUCACCAACAGCCAAGAUAUGUCCAGGCUCCAUUUAACUUGAGUGCUGGCUAUCCAGGUGGUUUCUAUGUGCCAGUCCCAGCCCAAAUGCAAGUGGGUCCAAAUGGGGCAGGCAUGCCCAUGCGGUACUAUGCAGUGCCACAGGUCUUCUCUCCAUCUUCAACCGUGGUCAUGAACGGAGGGUUUGAUGCAGGUGCAAGAUUUGGGGCAGGAGCUACUGCUAAUCUCCCACCUCCUCCACCUGGUUGCCCUCCGAAUGCAGCUCAAAUCGCAGCAUUGCAGGGCAGUAAUGUUGUCAUAACUCAGAGAAAGAGUGACUGGCUUUGCGGUGGCUCAGAUGGUGGUUUCACAAUCUGGUAAUCAGAUGCAAGCUUGAACGAGAACUCUUAUGGAAGGAACCAUUAACCUUGCAGUUCAUUUAGACAAAUAAUAGAUUUAUCUUGGUAACUAAGCCUCUUAGCAUCUUUUAAAGCCCUUUGCUUCGAGCACUGAGUUUAAAAUUGUAGCAGUAGGGGGAAAUGCUCAUAAAACAAAAUUAAG